CUGAGGAGGGAGGGGGCAGAUUUCCCGCAGCAAGUAGCUGUUUAGAAGGCGGUAAGCAGGAGGUGAGACCUGGUCCUUUGACAUACGGGGGAGGAGAGACAGGGUGGGUGCAGCCGGUGAGGCGUUGUCACAGGGGCGUCUAGACCCCAGGGGUAGGUAGGUAGGUGACCGGUGCCGGGGAGCAGCGCAGGGGCGGCCGACACGUGUCUGUUCAGGGGACAGAGCCGUUUAGCCCGCCGGGGGAGCGGGCAGGGGCCGUCAGGACGCUGCAGGAGGCGGCUAGUAGAGGCGAGGUUAAGGGGCGCUGCCCACUCCAGCCGUCCUGGUCUGUCCCUCGGGCCCUUGAGGGGUCAGCGCUGCCCCCGCCGCCUCCGAGACCGGCUCGCACCGCACCCCAGCACACGCACCGUUCCGGGCUGUGCCACGGGGCGGGGGCGGGCAGCGGCGCUCGGGCGGGGAAACGUCGCCGCUGCUCCCCUUGCGGGGGGCUGGGCGCAGAGCGCGGGGGCGGCCGUUGCGGAGGCAGCUGGGGCAGGAGGAGGCAAGUGGCAAAGCAGCAGCAGCGUGAGGCGUCUCCAGAGCUGGGGCUCUCUGCUGCCGCUGCCGCGCUGAAUUCCUGUGCACAGAGCUCGGCUCAUCCUCCGCCGGGCUCCCGGGGGCGGGAGACGCGCCUGUCCCGCAGGUAUUUGUUUUCUUUUAGAGUUGAUAUUAUAUGCUGGGAUACUUGAUCCUUCUCAGUCCAGUGAGCCCCAAGAUGGAUGAAACAUACUGUAUGUCACGCAAAUACUGCUAUUUCAGCCUAAGGAGUGUAUUUUCAAAGCAGCACAAGGAUGGUGUUUUCAACAGCUAGGGAAGAACAAGGGCAAGACUGGUAUGAUGGAUGAAUCAGUAGAGGUAUCAAUUGAUGGGAACUCCCUUAUAAAAGCUGUCUAUCAAAGCAGACUUCGCCUCACAAGACUGUUGUUAGAAGGUGGAGCAUACGUUAAUGAGAGUAACGACCGAGGUGAAACACCUUUAAUGAUUGCUUGUAAGACACAGCAUGUGGACCAGCAGAGUGUUAGCAAAGCAAAAAUGGUUAAAUAUUUGCUGGAAAAUAAGGCAGAUCCAAAUAUACAGGACAAAUCUGGAAAGACAGCCUUGAUGCAUGCAUGCUUGGAAAAGGCUGGCCAUGAAGUGGUUUCUUUGUUGCUGAAAAAUGGAGCUGACCUAAGUCUGCAAGACCAUUCUGGUUACUCUGCACUUGUUUAUGCAGUAAACUCUGAAGACCGAGAGACCCUGAAAGUUCUCCUAAAUGCUUGUAAAGCAAAAGGAAAAGAAGUAAUCAUCAUUACAACAGACAAGUCUCCAUCUGGAAGGCAGACAACUAAACAGUAUUUAAAUGUGCCUCCUACUGACAUUGAGGAAUGCCAUUCUCCAACUGCCUGCACUUCCCCAUCAGAAAUAGAACUUAAAACAUCUCCACUUUCAAAUUCAUGUGAAACAGAAAAAACUCUUUUUAGCUUUAAAGAACCAGAUCAGCCUGGAAGCAUGAAAAAUAUAUCUGAGCCAGUCUCUCCUACUAGAAAACCAAAUUUAACACAUGUAGGACCCAAGCUGGCACAAGUGCAGCGUCUGCAUUCUGAGUCUUGGAUAAAAAGCUCUCUGUUCCAUCAGAAUAAAAUUUCCUCUUUACAAGAAGAACUUCAGGAUAUAACUCCAGAGGAAGAACUGUCUCUGAAAGUCAAUGGACUAGCCUUAUCUAAGAGAUAUAUUACUAGACACCAAAGCAUUGAUGUAAAAGACCCUGCUCAUUUGUUGAAAAUCUUUGAUGAAACUGGCUCAAAACGGUUGUCAUAUGAGGAGAUAAAUUCUCAGUCACCUUAUUCUGAGAGAAACCAUACCCAGAGUGAAAUUCCUGUAGAUCAGGAUUCAGAUUCAGUCCAAAUGAGAUUUGUUUCAACCCUGAGAAGUAUUGUUCAAAAAAGAAGUUUAGGGGCAAAUCACUACAGCUCUGAUUCUCAACUAACUACUAGUCUGAGUCCUGCUACCACAGAAGAUAGCAAAUCACUUCUAGGAAAGAAAAAGAUUCUCUCUCCUUCUCCCUCCUUGUUAUCAAGUUCCAGAGAAUUGCUAGAGAACAUGCCUCCUGGUCCACUGAACAGGAGAAACCAUGCUGUUUUAGAGAGAGGAGGGUCAGGAGCCAUAUCUUUAGAUCAUAUUGCCCAAACUAGGCCAGGUUUCCUUCCACCUUUAAAUAUGAAUCCUCAUCCUCCAAUUCCAGAUAUUAGUUUUAGCAACAAGAUUUCUGGAAUUGUUUCUUUGGGACAAAAAACCCUAAUUCCAACAGCACCUGCAUUUCCCAAAGAGUUCAAAAGUAACAAAAUGUUGGUAAGGAGGCAGUCAUUACAAACUGAACAGAUUAAGCAACUCGUGAAUUUUUAAUAGGGUACUAAAGUGUUAACAGAUUUAUACAACAUGUACAUACUUGCAGCUUUAUUCCUUUGGAAUAAAUAUACCCCAAAGCAGAGAGCCCACACAAGGUCUUCUGCACAACAAAGGCCCUUAACAUGGGACUCUUGGAUGGACUCUGGGAUGAGUUUCAUCUUAGAUUUAGCUAAUAAGUGUGUUCAUCUAAAUUUACUCUGCUGCUAUAAUCUGCAAAAUGACAAAUUAUAUUUUCACCAUAUUUUUCAUAAUAGAAAACUAAAACACUAUGGACAUGAUUCUCUGUGUCCCCAUACUUCGUGAGUCAUUGACACAAAACACUUAUAUUCUGAUUUGGUAGCAUUUUACACUCAGUUUGUACUCACUUUGCAUAGAUGUAAGUGACUACAGAAAGUGCAGGGCAAUGGAGAAUUAGACUAGAUGAUAGCUAUUCUCCUCUACCUAUAUUGAUGGAACUAUUAUCAGGAGCUGAUUAGUAGGAGUUACAAGCCCCUAAGGAGCAGAGAACAGGCUUAAUGUGGGAAAAUUAUACAAAAUAGCUACAAUUCUAAAGUAAAACAGACAUCAAAACUGAUAAAAAUAAUGUACAAUUCAUGUUUUUAUUAAGCAACAGCUUCAAUUUAAUUCAAUCAAUAACAGAGUAUUUCUGAAUUAUUGCUUUUAAAUAUUGCAUAUUAAAUAAUGGAGUAACUUAUUAAAGAAAUAGAUAACUGUUUCAUCAUGAGCUGGACUAAAAUGUCAUACUUUAAGAUUGCCAACAUGUAUGUUUCUUUCCCACUUAAAGUUCAGACUCUCCUUUUGUCUUUUUUUUUUUUUAAAUACAAAUUUUACGGAUA